GCAGAAUCAGGGCUGGGUUUGAAGCUUCCUGAAAUCUCGGACUACACGGGCACCACUGAGAAAUUCUGCUCUGUUACUAUUAACACAAGCUUGGAAUUAUAAUCACAAUACUGCCAGGACAAGACUGGACAUAAUUAAUGGGGGAGCCCGGAAAAUCUUACUGAAGAUUCCAGGGUGAGCGAACUAUUCCAGGGUGGCUGAGAUAUCCUCCUAACUGCAGCAGGCUUUACAUGGCAAGCACAGGUCAAAGGGUUGUGAGGCCAGCGUGUUGAGCAGUGCACACACACCCACCCCCACACACCCCCCCCAUACUCCCAGAGCAUGCCCGUCAGUCCGCCCGCCGACGGCAAGCAUGAGGCUCCCGACAGGCUGCGCCAACAGCACGUCACUACCAACAGUAACCACGGAGACGACAGCAUUCGGACCUCUCCCGGGAGCAAGUCCGGCUCCACCGAAACCAUGGAGGAUAUCCACGGGAGCGCCGUCAUUAUCCGUAUUGGAAUCCCUGACCUUCAGCAAACAAAGUGUCUGCGCUUGGACCUGGAGGCUCCAGUAUGGGUGUGCAAGCAACGGGUUCUGGUCACUCUGACCCAGAGCUUGACGGACGUGCUGAAUUACGGCCUCUACCUCCCGGCCUUCAAUGGCCGAGCCGGCAAGUUCCUGGAUGAAGAGAGACUGCUCCGAGAAUACCCCCUCCCUACUGUCACACCUGUACCUUACCUAGAGUUCCGCUAUAAGAGACGUGUUUACACUCAGAGCCAUGUGGAUGACAAGCAAUUAGCCAAACUUCAUACUAAGGCCAAUCUGAAGAAGUUCAUGGAGUAUGUUCAGCAGAGGAAUGUGGAAAAAGUCUGCAGGUUCCUGGAAAAAGGACUAGAUCCCAACUUCCAUGAUACAGACAGUGGAGAGUCCCCUCUCACCUUGGCUGCCCAGCUGGAGUCGAGCGCUGAGUUGAUUAAAGUCCUGAGGAGUGGAGGAGCUCACCUGGACUUCCGGACCCGAGAUGGCAUCACCGCCAUGCACAAAGCCGUGCAGGCGCACAACCAUGUGGCUCUAACUACGUUCCUGGACUUGGGUGCGUCUCCAGACUAUAAGGACAGUCGUGGGCUGACUCCUUUGUACCACAGUGCCAUGGUCGGCGGAGACCCGUACUGCUGUGAGCUCCUGCUUUACGACCAUGCUCAGCUGGGCUACAGUGAUGAAAACGGCUGGCAAGAGAUCCACCAGGCUUGUCGCCAUGGGAACGUGCAGCACCUUGAGCACCUGCUGUUUUAUGGAGCAGAGAUGAGUGCACAGAAUGCCUCAGGAAACACAGCGCUGCACCUGUGUGCUCUCUACAACCAGGACGGAUGUGCCAGAGUAUUGCUGUUUCGAGGAGCCAAUAAAGAAAUCAAGAACUACAACAAUCAGACUGCAUUCCAGGUGGCAAUCAUCGCAGGGAACUUUGACCUGGCAGAGAUCAUCAAGAUCCAUAAAACCUCAGACGUAGUGCCUUUCAGGGAGAGCCCGUCCUACUCGUCCCGUCGCCGCGGGGCAUGUGUGUCGCCGCGCCGCUCCCUGAUGCGUUCCGCCAGCGAUAACGCUCUGGACGAGAGCCUGCCUGCCCCUUCGCCCGCACCCUCCCUGCAUAGCUUGCCCCCACUGGAGCCUGACGACAUUGUGCCAGCCCAGCGCAGUCUGCAGGCCAUGCACACGCACACGCGCAGCCUCAGGAGACAAACCCGCGGACAUCUCAGUCCUGGCAGUCCUGUGCAGAGGGAACCCAGUCCCCCUGCCGUUCCACGAGGCCCAAAGCGGAGACUGUACAGUGCCGUGCCUGGCCGAACCUUCAUUGCCGUCAACUCACACACUCCGCAGGGUGAGGGUGAGAUCACACUCAACCGCGGGGAGAGGGUCAAAGUGCUGAGCAUAGGUGAGGGAGGAUUCUGGGAAGGGUCAGUUAAAGGACGAACCGGUUGGUUUCCUGCGCACUGCGUAGAGGAGGUGCAGCUGAGACAAUACGACCCACGGCUAGAGACGAGAGAGGACCGCACGAAGAGGUUGUUUAGACACUACACUGUUGGCUCCUAUGACAACUACACCUCCUACAGUGAUUACGUAAUAGAAGAGAAAAGUGCAACACUGCAAAAGAGAGACAGUGAAGGAUUCGGCUUCGUUCUACGAGGGGCUAAAGCUGAAACACCCAUCGAAGAGUUCACACCGACUCCUGCGUUCCCUGCCCUGCAAUACCUGGAGUCAGUGGACCUGGAAGGCGUGGCGUGGAGGGCGGGGCUACGAACCGGGGACUUCCUUAUAGAGGUGAAUGGAGUGAGUGUAGUUAAAGUGGGCCACAGGCAGGUCGUUUCCCUGAUACGGCAGGGAGGGAGCCGUCUCGUUAUGAAAGUGGUGUCAGUCACGCGCAAGCCUGACACUGGAGAUGUUGUUCGCAAGAAGGCUCCUCCACCUCCCAAAAGAGAUCCAAGCACUAGCCUGACCCUGCGCUCCAAAAGCAUGACUGCAGAGCUGGAAGAAAUGGCUUCCAGGAGGAGGAGAGGAGAGAAGCUGGAUGAGAUGCUGAGUUCACCGAAAGAGCCUGUAGUGGUGAUGAGGACACGGCCCUCAGAGCCUGACCCCAGAGUAGCCACUGUGAAACAGAGACCCACCAGCCGGCGUAUCACUCAGGCUGAGAUCAGUUCUCUGUUUGAAAGGCAAGGAAUACAAGUGUCUGCUGGAGUGUCUCUAGGCGUGGACAAAAGCCACAUGCAACUUCCGCGAGGGAUGUCCAGAACCAAAUCCUUCGGUGCACCAGAAGAUGAGAGAAUUUCUGCCUUGAUUGGUGAGCAUCGGUUUCCCAGAAGCUCUUCAAUGACUGACAGCUUCCGACAAGACAGCAUCCCGCCCCCUCCACAAACCGCACCUCCUCCCCCUCCCACACCCUACUUCCUGGACUCAGGUCCUCCCCCGUCAUUCUUGCCUCCUCCACCCCCAACACGUGCAGCCAAUCAGAACCGCUCAAGCUUCCGGCCAGGGGCAGAACCUAAGAUCCACGGGCCCAUCACCACAGACCGCCAGAGGAAAGCUCGCUCGAUGAUUAUACUUCAGGACACCGCUCACCUGCCAGUAGAGCCUGCCCCUAUUCCCAGGCCAGCAACGCCUACCUCUGGGGCUGUUCCACCUGAGCGUGGUCGGAGGCGUGGCCAGGCCGUGGAGAACCCGUAUGCCAAUGUGGGCCGGCUCAGCGCGGUCUAUACCCCUGCCAAGCCCCAACGCAGAAAGAGCCCAUUGGUCAAACAAGGGCAGGUAGAGGAGGGGGCAUCCACCCAGGCUGGCAGGGAUCUGUCCCCCUUAGGAGGGGCCCGGAUCCCCCACAGCAGCCGGGCAGAGCAGUUCCAGCAGCAGGUGCUGUCCGAGAGGGCCAGGAUCACGCCUCCAGGGGCUCGUCGCAGGCCCAGUGUGUUCCUCUCCGUGGAGGGGAGCACCACAGAGCCUCAAACCACUCCCUUACUGUCCCAGUCGCACUCGGUGGACGAGCUGGCUGAGCUUCCUCCGCCAGCCCCCAUGCUUUCUCCCGGCCCUCCACCAGGGGGCUCCACUUUUAUACAUCCACUCACAGGGCGGCCUCUGGAUCCCUCAUCUCCCUUAGCGCUUGCACUGGCCGCACGAGAGCGCGCCCUCAGUGGCCGUAAUACGCCCACGCCCACGCCCACUCCUUCGCCAUCACCCACUCAGGGCAGAGCAGUGGAGAGACCGGAGACAGAAGGAGGCGUGACGCCCCCUGCUCCUCUUGAGGCCCCGCCCUCUGAUUCUUGGAGGGAGGAGCCUGUCAGCAUCACAACAGAAACAGCCAGUCAGGUGACCAGCGGCAGCCCAGGAUCUGGGCGAAGCUUGGAAGAGGCGCUAGUGCCGCCUUCUGUGCAGAUCCUCCAACCCGGACUGAUGGACACAGAGCAUAGCCAGCCAGCGGUUCCACCUUCUAUGCCUUCACCCGCCCCAACCCUCUCGAACCUAGCAGGACGAAGCUUGACCAUGAGCUCAGAGGAAGAAGCGGAGCCCUACACAGUCACCCUGCCCCCAGCUCUGCUCUCAUCCAGCGAUGAAGAGACCAGGGAAGAACUCCGCAAGAUUGGCAUCGUACCUCCCCCUCAGCCCUUCGCCAAUGGCCUUUUAAUGAAGGAAGCUCCCAAAGCCACUCUCAGCAUUUCUCCAGGGGCUUCACGUCCAUCCAUAGCCAAGACCUCUUCUGGCAAAGCAAGUGAUUCCACAGCAGACUCCGGUGUGGAGGACCCCCACAUGGAGACCACUAGUACUGUUUCCACGGUUUCCAGCAUGUCCACUUUGUCCUCAGAGAGCACAGACUCUGCGCACGGCAGCAAGCCACGUUGUGGGGUGGGGCGUGGCCGCCCCGCCCAUCUCAGGGACCCGCUACUUAAACAGUCAUCAGACAGUGAGCUGCUUCCACACCCACCCAGCACAGGCCCCGCCCGCCCACGCUACCUGUUCCAAAGACGCUCCAAACUCUGGGGGGAGGAGCCCAGGGCUCAGGUGGCUGAUGACAGUAGGCCUGCUGCAAUGGGGGCAGAGUUACUGAGUAAAGACACACAUUCUCUAGGGGAGGAACCACCAAUGGGAGCCCCGCUCGACCCUGGCAGAAGAUCACCUGUCGGAGGCGCCAGACUCUUCAGCAGUCUGGGCGAGCUCCACACCAUUUCUCAGAGGAACUAUGGCACCACAUUCACCAUCCGCCCCGGCAGCCGCUACCCCGUGACCCGCCGCACACCCAGCCCUGGGGCCUCGUCGGAGCGGAGUGAGCCCUUGGGGCCCGUGCGCGCCUUUGGCCCCCACCACCACCACCAGCACCACCACCACCACACCAUCCUCAAGUCGUCCAGCCUGAGCCUCCCGCAGGAGCCCAAGGAGGUGCGCUUCGUCAUGCGUAGCGCAAGUGCCCGUGCACGCAGUCGCUCCCCUUCCCCGUCGCCCUGUGCCUCCCCCUGCCCCUCCCCGGUGCUCGGCGGGCCCCUCCUAGCCCUGCGGCCCUUCAGACAGCGCCCCCUGGCACUGUGGAGUAAGUAUGACGUGGGUGAGUGGUUGGAGAGCGUGGGAUUAGGAGAGCACCGUGCACGCUUCUUGGAGCAUGAGAUCGAAGGCGCCCAUCUGCCUGCCCUCACCAAGGACGACCUGGCGGAACUAGGGGUCACACGGGUGGGUCACCGUAUGAACAUUGAACGCGCACUCAAACAACUAUUGGAGAGCUAAGGAGCCUGAGAGAUUAGAAUACAGUUUUUUUUUAAAUCCUUGCCAAACUGAACCACUUUUAUUUGCAAUCCACUCAGACCUCGGCUAUUAAGUCCUUAGGUUUACCCAGCCUAACCUUUUGAUCACUUUUCAAAAUGUCUCUUACAACUAACACACAAGCUCUCCACUACUUUCUACCCUACUCAACGAACCUAAUCUAAUCUAACACCGGGCUAACUUUCAAGCAACACCCCUAACGCUUAAGGCUUAUUCAACCUAAAGUUUAUAUCCAAACUGUAGAACUGUUGCGCUUGUGGUCAGCAGCUACAGUUUAAAGGUUUAUGUGAUCUGUAUAUUUGCCAUGUACACCACAAUGCAAUUGCACAGAACUGAGAGAAUAGCCAUCUUCUACUAGCACGAUUGAUUUAGUCAGUGGAAUUCCAGGGAACGUCCAGGAAAUAAAAUAUACCCACACUGGUAUAGAUGCCAUACUAGAAGAUGGAGAGUAGAGGGUAGCCAUAAUUCACAAUUAGGAAUUGGGAACAAGAAAGCCUGUCAACUUUUUUCAAUGACAAUGCUUCCAGGUACCCAGGGUUUACAGUUUAUGAUAUUUAUUCACAAUCUUGUCUGUUCUUGUGAACAACAACAACAACAACAACAACAAAAUGCCAUGCUGGUACCUUAGGAUUUCAUACUGCAACUGAACUUGGCAUGUGAGCAAACAUGUCAGCGUGUGGAAGAGUCAAGCGACAAUCUUCCCUUACAGGUGCAAUAUGUGGUGAAAACCUCCCUAGCAGCCUUUUGCUUGCAGUCGGCCAUCGUUUUUGAUAACACAAACUAAUCUUUCUGUGUGUGAGUGUUUGAACUGGUUUUGUCAUCCUUUAUCAUCUAAUCAGUUACUCCGUGAUGUUUAGAACGAUGCAAAGACGUUAGUAGCAUCAAAUUUGGUUUUUAAAAGUACACAGUCCCAGAGGAGGAGCUAUCAUAGACACAUAAGUAGGAGCUAAAAAUGUCAGUGACUCUAGUUUCUUUUUUUAAUGAUGAUUUAUGAUGACAUCAUAACUUAAUUGUAAAAAAUCCCACAUAAUGCACCUUUAACCCUGAUACAAACUUUCGUAAUAUGAGUGUGGCCUUGAGAUAAUACUGCCGCCAUCUAAAUUUGAUAAAGAAGAAUAUUUUCGGUGAAUACAUUCAAUUUUAUAUGUAUAUGAUAUAUAUGGGCUUAUAUAUUCAAAGAGAAGAAUGUAUGAGUGUUAGCUGAUAUAUUUGUCUUAUCCCUGUGUGAUUGUGCUCAUUUGGUCAUAUUUUAUCUUUGUUAUAUUAUAUUGAAUAUUGAUUAAUGACUCAAAGCCCAAACAUAGUUACUCUCUCCCCCAUAGUAUUCCUUGUGAUUUCUUAGAUUGAAACUAUUUCCGGUAAAGAAAGUACAUUUCAUAAACAUGGAAAAUUAUUUAAAAAAUGUUGAAACACCCUUUGGUUUGUCAUUUAUGAAUAAAUGUGAGGUAAGAUUGUA